AUGGACAGUACCACCUGGAGCCCGCCAGCCACCUCCGCUGCACCUCUCCCGUCCUACGAGCGCAUCAACAAUGCCGCUGACAUCUCCGUCAUUGUUAUUUACUUUGUGGUGGUGAUGGCCGUUGGAGUGUGGGCUAUGUUUUCCACUAAUCGUGGAACUGUUGGAGGCUUCUUCUUAGCAGGCCGAAGUAUGGUAUGGUGGCCGAUUGGAGCCUCUCUCUUCGCCAGUAACAUUGGAAGUGGUCAUUUUGUGGGGCUAGCUGGGACAGGAGCAGCUGCAGGCAUUGCUACUGGAGGCUUUGAAUGGAACGCACUGGUUUUGGUGGUUGUGCUGGGUUGGCUGUUUGUCCCUAUUUACAUUAAAGCUGGGGUAGUGACAAUGCCAGAGUAUCUGCGGAAGAGGUUUGGAGGCAAGCGGAUCCAAGUCUACCUUUCUGUUCUGUCCCUGUUGCUCUACAUUUUUACCAAGAUCUCGGCGGACAUCUUCUCCGGGGCCAUAUUCAUCAAUCUGGCCCUGGGCCUGAACAUAUACUUGGCCAUCAUCCUUUUAUUGGCAAUCACUGCCCUGUACACAAUCACAGGGGGUCUGGCCGCUGUGAUAUACACGGACACCUUGCAGACGGCGAUCAUGCUGGUGGGGUCUUUGAUCCUGACUGGGUUUGCUUUUCAUGAAGUGGGAGGGUAUGAAAGCUUCAUGGAAAAGUACAUGAAAGCUAUUCCAACCAUGAUUUCUGUUGGAAAUGGCACUGCCAAGGAAGAAUGCUACACCCCAAGGGCUGACUCCUUCCACAUCUUCCGAGAUCCCCUCACAGGAGACCUUCCAUGGCCUGGGCUUAUCUUUGGGAUGAGCAUUCUUGCCCUGUGGUACUGGUGCACAGAUCAGGUCAUCGUACAGCGCUGCCUCUCAGCCAAGAACAUGUCUCAUGUGAAAGCUGGCUGUAUCUUGUGUGGAUACCUGAAGCUGCUGCCCAUGUUCCUCAUGGUGAUGCCAGGGAUGAUCAGCCGCAUUCUGUACACGGAAAAAAUUGCCUGUGUCAUCCCCUCAGAAUGUGAGAAAUAUUGCGGCACUCCAGUUGGCUGUACCAACAUCGCCUACCCAACCUUGGUGGUGGAACUCAUGCCUGAUGGGCUUCGAGGCCUGAUGCUGUCAGUCAUGAUGGCCUCUCUCAUGAGCUCCCUGACCUCCAUCUUCAACAGCGCCAGCACCCUCUUCACCAUGGAUAUCUACACCAAGAUUCGGAAGAGAGCAUCUGAGAAAGAGCUCAUGAUUGCAGGAAGGUUGUUCAUCCUGUUGCUGAUUGGCAUCAGCAUCGCCUGGGUGCCCAUCGUGCAGUCAGCGCAAAGUGGGCAGCUCUUUGAUUACAUCCAGUCCAUCACCAGUUACUUGGGACCCCCCAUUGCAGCAGUCUUCCUGCUUGGUAUUUUCUGCAAGAGAGUCAAUGAGCCAGGAGCCUUUUGGGGACUGAUCCUAGGAUUUCUAAUUGGGCUUUCCCGUAUGAUUACUGAGUUUGCCUAUGGAACUGGGAGCUGCAUGGAGCCCAGCAAUUGUCCCCCAAUUAUCUGUGGGGUACACUAUUUAUAUUUUGCCAUCAUCCUCUUUGUUAUUUCUAUCAUCACCAUCCUGGUCAUCUCCUUCCUCACCAAGCCCAUUCCAGAUGUGCACCUCUAUCGUCUGUGUUGGAGCCUGCGCAAUAGCAAAGAAGAGCGUGUUGACUUGGAUGCAGGAGAGGAGGUCAUCCAAGAAGAUACAAAGGAGACCAUUGAAAUAGAAGUUCCUGAGGAGAAAAAAGGAUGCUUCAGGCGGGCCUAUGACCUAUUUUGUGGGCUGGACCAGAAAGGACCCAAGAUGACCAAAGAGGAGGAGGAGGCCAUGAAGAAGAAGUUGACAGACACCUCUGAGAAGCCUUUGUGGAGGACAGUAGUGAACAUCAAUGGCAUCAUCUUGCUGACUGUGGCUGUCUUUUGCCAUGCAUACUUUGCAUAAGUCCUGCCUUCUGCCAUAGACUUUCCAAACUGGCAUCUUUACUGCCUCCCUUUAGUCCCAUUCUGAAGGGAAACUGGUCUGUUGUAAACUUUGCCCAGAUGGAUAAACAUGUACAUGUGUAAUUAUAGGCAAGCUGGAGAAAAAUCAUUAUUUUUCUGUUAACUUAUGUAUUUGAAGCCAAUGUAAUACAGUCCUAUGUACCUAGUAGAGCUGCAGAAGGAAAGUUCAGUCAUAUCCAGGAAAAAUCAAACUAAGAACAGAAGCCCUGUGAUAUCUGAUGCAAGUCUGGUAAUUCCACAUGACAACCUUAUUUAUAAUCCUUAAAUAUUACUUUUGGAGUUUGGUCUCCCUGGUUCCUUCCUUUCUGACCUUUUAUCAUUAAAAAAAAAAAAAAGAAAUUCCUUUCCUGACAUCAUAUCCCUGUAUAUUUUUCUCAGUGUAAAAAAAAAUUAAUCUGCUAGACUGAUGAAUGUGUGAAAGCUGAGGAUGGGGACUUGACAGGCCCUUGUCCUAGGCAUUUGUUCUUUGAGGGGGUGGAGGCCUCAGGAAUGUAAAACUUACCCAAAAGGGAGGGUCCCAGGCCUCAGUCUCAGGCAAGUGGAGGAGCAGAUAAUCUUGAAUCCAGAGAAUUUUCUGUUCUUAAGUGUCCAUUGUGCAUUCCAUGUGUUUGGGAUUCACUCAUUUUGACAUUCACUCUGCUUGGCAUAUUUUAACCACUCCACGACAUUUGUUGACUAAAUAAAUGAUUUGGACAUUUAUUUAUAGAUACCUGUCUGGCCCUUGGUGUAUGUGCUUUUUGUCUGCACAAAGUACAUGGUAUGGUGACCAAUUUGGAAUGUACUUGCCAGAGACUCUGCCUUAAUGGUGCUGGUGUUGACAUGUGGACUUAGAAGGUGACACUACAUCACAUGACAGAACAAAUACAUUUGCUGUGUGUCUUAGUUACUUUUCUCACUGCUGAGACAAAAUACCCAAAAUCUAAAGUUAAAGGAGGAAGGGUUUAUUUAGCUCACAGUUUGUAGAGGUUUCCAUCCAUAACUGGCUGGCUCCAAGGCAGGGUGACAUGGCAGACAGACACUGUAGAGGAGAAACAGUUCAAGGUGGGCAGAAGGCAGCAAGGCAACAAGGGAUGACCACAGUUCUUUCUAUUCCUUAUAGCUUAUCCAGGGUACUUAGGGCAGGUAGACUCACACCUUUAAUCCUAGUGUCCUUGACCCUAGCAUUGUGCCAUGAAUCAAAUAUAGCAUCACACACUCUAGAUCCAGCCACCUCUGAAAAAGCACCACCUAUGACUGCAUAGGGCUUUAGGGGCACACAAGCCAUAAUGCUGAGGCAUCUGUCAUCUCAAGAAGGCUGCCCUCUGCCAAGAAAUACUGAAACAAUUACUGAAUCCUGUGAUUCUCUUGUGAGUUCAUGUGAGUUCACAUGACCACAGCUAUUUCUUUUUUAGGCGCUCAAAGCUUCUAGCUGGAAGGAGUGUGUUUCUUGUUGUAGUUUCCUAGGGGAAAUUCUUUUAAUGUAAAUUAGAUUAAUCAAUUGAAAAAGGUCUACGUGUGAAAUCUCAGUUAUGUGAUCCCACUGAAGUUAAAGUCAACAUGUUAGCUUUGACUGGUUUCAGGUUAGCUUAGAAAAGUGCUGAGUGUGGUUCCUCAGUAUAGAAAUUGCUCAACAGGUAAAAAAAAAAAUGACUUGUUCUUAUGGAAGGAAGGAAAUCCAGAGAGCAUUAUUUGAAGUACCUUCUCAUUCCCAUUAAACUAGGCAGAAAAGAGGGAAAAGUAGAGUUUGACAUGGUCAGAAUUACUCAGAGGACUCAGUGUUGUGUGGAAUUUGUGGUAUGUUUUGAGUGGAUAAAGGGAGAAGAUUGAAAACCGGUGGGUGGAGUAGGCAAUGUAAACUAGAUUAUCCCGGAUGCCAUUUCUGGCUUUGGUAAUGAUUACUGUAUAUAUUGUAAAUUAUUUUGUCUCAACUAUGUACUACAUUUUUUCUCUUUGAAAGAUGGAGAACUUGGUGCUUAUAGCAUGUGCUUGCUUCCUUAGGUGUGACAAGGACACUUUGAAAAGGGGAUGAGAGAUACAUACAUGAAAGAGGCUAUACAGAUACUAUAUUAAACUACAUGAUAUUUCCAUCAAUUAAAAUGUAUUACUUUGAAAGC